AUGUCACGUCACGUCUGUGUUACUGCCGCGGAUGGCCACACCGGCUACGCCAUCAUGGAGCUUCUGUUGACAAAUGAGAACUUCAGAAAUGCCGUUGACUCAGUCACUGGGCUGUCUCUUCAGCCCCACGGAGAAACUUGCAAAGAACUAUCUAAGCUCGGGGCUAAGAUUGUCGCACAUGAGCCGGGUCGACUGAGAAAGAUGGUGGACUCCCUUAGAGCGACCGGCGCAGAUACAUUGUGUCUCAUCCCUCCUGCACGCGAGGAUAAGCUCGACCUGACUUUAGAACUGAUCGAUGCUGCAAAAAAGGCGAAAGUACCUAACAUUUGCUUCAUCAGCUCCGCUGGCUGCGAUCUUGCGGAACGUAAUAAGCAACCAAGACUGCGAGAAUUUAUCGACCUGGAGACACGUGUUUUGUCCAGCAAGGGUGAACCAUCAACGUCGACUGGCCACUCUCCAGUUGUGAUUCGGGCCGGAUUUUACGCCGAGAACCUCCUUCUGUAUUCCCAGCAGGCGCAAGAAGAAGGAGUACUUCCCAUUCCGCUUGGAUCUAACCAUAAAUUUGCGCCAAUUGCAUUAGGGGACGUCGCCCAGGUUGCGGUACACGUCCUCUGUGGAAAAGGGAAGCAUGGAUUUAGCGAUCGACACCGUGGCCAAUUAAUCGUAUUGACAGGGCCAAUGCUGGCAACUGGUGAUGAGCUUGCUUCUGCUGCCAGCAAAGCAUUAGGACAGGAGCUGAGAUUUGAAGAUAUUUCGGAGUCAGAAGCGAAGAGAGUCCUUCGGUCCCAGUCAGCCAGUGAUAAUUCGGAGCAGCAGUACUUACUGGAGUAUUAUUCUCUGGUUCGUGAAGGAAAAGCGAACUACAUCUCGACUACGGCUUUCCACGAUAUCACUAACUCGCACCCCCAAGAGCCAGACGACUUCUUUAAAGUUUAUGCCCAAGAGUUUCGCAUGAAAAGGCUGCCGAAGAAACGCAAGACUGGUGGGAAAACUUGA